AUGGCCGACCGUCUGACGGUCAUCAAGAUCGAGCCCAGAAAAGAUCACACAGAUGCAUCCGUUGAACUAUGGGCCCGCAGAGAUUGCGCGAGAUUGCGCGAUGUCCCGAAGAAGAAGAAGAAGAAGCAUACCACUAUCGCUGGACCCCACGAAGCCCAUCAACCCAUAGGCAAAGAUCUGGAUGGGCCACAGCAAACGAACUUGAGAUGA